AACAAAGCUCGUAUUCAAAAUGUGGUGCGGUCGUGGUCGUGUGGACAUGCUAGCUACCAGAGGAGACUAGCAAGAAGAGAACGGUCAGUCGCCCACGCACGUACGCACGCAGACGCCGACGAGGACGGACGGCGUGGAAAUUGGAAGAGAAAGAGAGAGAGAGAGAGAGAGAAAGCGAUCCGAUCCGGUCGUCGUCUCGUCUCAUCUCUCCGUCGCCGGGCCAGUGAGGAGGCGCCACGGCCCCCACUGACGCAGCUCCUGAUGUCAUGUCUCAAGCCUGUUACCCAGUCGUCGCGUCGCCGCCUUCUUCAAUUCUUCUUCCCUUAUUUUGUUUUUAUUUUCUACUGUAUUAAUUUUGUUUUUAUAUAUACGCGGUCAGAGACUUGUUGCUCCUUUCUUUUCUUUCUCUUGCACCACACCCUUCCUCCUCUCCUCUCCUCUCCCCUCUCCUAAACCGCUCGGCUGGCUCUACACCUGCAGCUAGGCAGCCGACGUCGGACUUGGGAUCUUGCAUGGACAAGGCCCACCUCGGAGGAGGCCUGUUAGCUCUCGACGCGUCGCCGCGGCCUCUCGGCUUCCUCAACCUGCUAUCGCCGCCGACGUCGUCCCCGCCGUUUCACAGGACAAGAACGAUGGAGGCCGACGACGUCCCCGCCGUUCCAGGCAACAAGGGCCGUAGGUCCAUCGAGGUGGACUUCUUCUCCGACGACAAGGACAAGAAGAGCGCUGCCGCUGCAGCUAACGACAAGAAGGAAGACCUGACGACCAUUAACCUUCUUCCCGGCAGCAACGCCAACGACGACGACGACGACGAGGCGGCGACCCGGCUCCGGCUGCCGAACGACCAAGACAGGCAGAACAGGAACACCAACGAGCUUUCGGCCAUGCAAUCAGAGCUUGCGCGCAUGAACGACGAGAACCAGCGGCUGCGCGGGAUGCUCACCCAGGUCACCACCAGCUACCAGGCGCUCCAGAUGCAUCUCGUGGCGCUCAUGCAGGCGCGGGCCGACGGCCAGCCGAUGAUGCCUCCUGCAGUGGCCCAGACACUGCCGGUGACCGACGCCGCUGCUGUCAUGCCAUCGCCGAGACAGUUCCUCGGCCUAGGACCAGCGGCGGCUGCCGAGGAGACGUCAAACUCGUCCACGGAGGUGGGCAGCCCGCGGCCGUCGUCGUCCGCAGGCAGGCGGCAGGACCAACAGCAACAGGCGGCGGAGCGCGGCGACAGCCCGGACCCGGCGGAUCCGUCGACAACAGCAAGGCAGCUAGCGCAGCAGCAGGAGGCCAGCAUGAGGAAGGCGCGCGUCUCGGUGCGCGCGCGAUCCGAAGCUCCCAUCAUCGCCGACGGCUGCCAGUGGCGCAAGUACGGGCAGAAGAUGGCCAAGGGCAACCCAUGCCCGCGAGCCUACUACCGGUGCACCAUGGCCAACGGCUGCCCCGUGCGGAAGCAGGUUCAGCGCUGCGCCGACGACCGCUCCAUCCUCAUCACUACCUACGAGGGCACCCACAACCACCCGCUCCCGCCCGCCGCCGUGGCCAUGGCCUCCACCACCUCCGCCGCCGCCUCCAUGCUGCUGUCCGGCUCCAUGCCCAGCGGGGACAACUUCCUGGCGCGGGCCGUGCUGCCGUGCUCCUCCGGCAUGGCCACCAUCUCCGCCUCCGCGCCAUUCCCCACCGUCACGCUCGACCUCACCAACGGCCCGCCCGGUGCUCCUCCUCCCGCGCGACCGCCGCCGCACCUGCAGGCGGCCGCGCUCUACAGCGCCACCCACCAGGCUUCGUCCAAGUUCUCCGGCCUGCACAUGUCAUCGUCAUCGACAUCGGAUAAUAUUAACAAUGUUGGCACUACUACCAGAGUCGUCGCGCCUGACGCGCCGCCGCACAUGAACACCGUCACCGCUGCGGCGGCGGCGGCCAUCGCCUCGGACCCCAACUUCACGGUGGCGCUGGCGGCGGCCAUCACCUCCAUCAUAGGCGGCGGAGGCCAUCCAGUUCCGAUUCCAAUUCAUCAUGGCGGGCAGGGGCAAGGACGACAGCAGCAGGGCCUGACCCCGACGAGUAACAGCAACGCCAACAACAACAAUGCGGUGGUCACGAGCAGCAGCAACAACACUGCCACCAGCAACAGUGAGACCCAGUGAUGUUCAAAAUUAAGCUGUAUUGUUGAUUCAUUGUUCCCUAACUUUUUUUUUACUUUAUUUCGUUUCUGCUAGCUAGAUACAUUACACCUACUAGUAUGUAUGCUAAAUAAUACUCCGUGCGCCCCAGAAUAUAAUUCUUUUUAGCUUUUUUUUCUC